CCCUCCGUGUUAGUUCCCGGUGUCCCUCUGCAAGAGGUAGGAGGGGGCAGAGGCAGGCACUCAGGAGCCUCCUCAACACUUUACCUCCCACUAGCCACCACUGCUCAACGGCCGACAUGACCAGCACUCAGUAGAUAUGAGGACAACAGCAGCAUCCUGAGCUGACAAAGAAACACUUCAUUGAAGGAACAAGAGGCUGGAAACAUCCAUGUAUCUUGUGGACAGGCCCUCCGAUCAGCAGCACUUCCUUAAGAUGCACCUCCCCAGGAUCAUGAAGAGAACCCAGUCACCCCACAGAGAGACCGUUUCCCCUGUCCUCUCAUACUACUCAGAGCCAGCCUACCUGCAGCACCGUAAGGAUGUGACUAGAGAUCUGGCCCCGCUGCCUUGUGGAACGAGAAGAGGAGCCCUGGAUGAGGAAGACCAGGAAGAGACGCUGAGCCUACGGAGCAUGCCCAGUAUGAGAAGCACCCUGAGUCACGCCUCAAAGGUGAAAAGGUCAUGGGGGUUCCCGAAGAGACACACCAUCCCCGAGCUCAGACUGCCCCCUGUUACUAAGAUUCAUCCUGACCCCAGAGCCAGUCUGGAAUUGAGGGGUACUGGCUACCUGAGAUGUUCCAGACUUCCACCCAUCAUCAAAUCUACUAGAACCCAUGAGCCUCUGCACCAGGAAAGACCCCCAGGUCCAGCUGGGUACAGGCCUGAGAAGAAGGGAGAUGUUCCCUCUGGACUACCAGAGAAGAAGACUGUUGGUCUGAAGAAGCAGGGAGAUGUUCCCUCUGGACUACCAGAGAAGAAGACUGUUGGUCUGAAGAAGCAGGGAGAUGUUCCCUCUGGACUACCAGAGAAGAAGACUGUUGGUCUGAAGAAGCAGGGAGAUGUUCCCUCUGGACUACCAGAGAAGAAGACUGUUGGUCUGAAGAAGCAGGGAGAUGUUCCCUCUGGACUACCAGAGAAGAAGACUGUUGGUCUGAAGAAGCAGGGAGAUGUUCCCUCUGGACUACCAGAGAAGAAGACUGUUGGUCUGAAGAAGCAGCGAGAUGUUCCCUCUGGACUACCAGAGAAGAAGACUGUUGGUCUGAAGAAGCAGGGAGAUGUUCCCUCUGGACUACCAGAGAAGAAGACUGUUGGUCUGAAGAAGCAGGGAGAUGUUCCCUCUGGACUACCAGAGAAGAAGACUGUUGGUCUGAAGGAGAGUUUUAAUAAUGAGGACCUCCUCAAAGUACCUGUUGUGACCAUGUCCAAGAUAAUUUCUGAUCCACCUCCAACUGAGACCCAACGCAUCACGUUCCACAGCCCCGCGCUGCAGGCCAUGUACCCGAUCACCCCUGACAACGAAACGCAAACCAGGAAGCCAGAGGAAGAUAGAAAACCCCUGUAUCCCAGAGUCCUCUCUUCUACAUCCACCUGCGCUAUAUCUAACACCAUCGGUCCUGAGAAAGUAUACAGAUUCCAGCCACACCUUCUGAGAGAUAACCCCCCUCCAUACUCCUCUGAAUGGACCGAUCCAAAGGCUUUAACCCAAGGAAGGACUGAGUGGACUGAACCAAGGGCUCCAACCCAGGGGAGGGGAGAGAUGCUGUUGAUCAGACUGAGCAUCACAUGGUCCAAGGCUGAGAACAGCAGCAACCUGAGACAGUCCCAGUCUCAGCUCCAGCAUUGCCCCAACCGUCCCCUGAAACCAGCCCUGAGAAGACUACCCAUCUCCAACACAAGGAGGCUGAGGGACUGGGGGAGACUGGGGACGACGUUGGGGUGUCUGUGGGAGGAGGAGGAGGAGGAGGAGGAGGAGGAGGGGUGUGUCCCACCCCCGGUCCCAGUCCAGCCUGGGGUACUGGAGCCCUUUACAGGGUUCAAAGAGCACCUCUGUCGCCAGCUUCUCCACGCCCCCACCCCCCUGGCUCAGCUCCUGGACAAGGCCUCAGAGGGACACCAUAUAGACACACAGGCAGACAGACCGGUAGACAGAACGGUAGACAGACAGUAUAGACAGACAGGUAGACAGACCGGUAGGUAGACAGACCGGUAGACAGACCGGUAGACAGACCGGUAGGUAGACAGUAUAGACCGGUAGACAGAACGGUAGAAAUCAGAACGGUAGACAGAACGGUAGACAGAACGGUAGACAGAACGGUAGAAAUCAGAACGGUAGAAAUCAGAACG